CUCGGCUUAAGGCACAGUCCCCAUUCCUCCCUUCAGCUCUAAACAGCAUGUGUCAUAAUCGAGGCUCCGUCCCUGCUGCGCCCGUCACCGUGGCCCCAACCCCGGGCCCCAUCCCCAGUCCUGGGCCUCGGCGAAGGUCCGGGCCGGAGAUCUUUACUUUUGACCCCCUCCCGGAGCCUGCCACUUACCGACCCUCCCGCUCCAGCAUCGCCCACAGGGUAAUUCGCAAGCGCAGCCGCAAGGUCCUUUACCCUCGAAUGGUUCGACGCCAGCUACCGGCAGAGGACCCCAAUCCGGCCAGACGGCUCCUCUUCCUCCUCCUCACUGUUGUCUUUUGUCAGAUUUUGAUGGCGGAGGAGGGAAGUCCAGCGCCUCCAGUGCUGGAAGAACCGGCCACCGACCCCACUCCAGUGCCUCCAGUUGUGGAGUCCCAGAACUUGACGUCUGAGCCUCCGGACUACACCGUGGACAUCAGCACCUUCCUCCAACAGCACCCUGCGGCCUUCUGAGCCACAACCCUACCCCAACAACAACAAAAAACAAAAAGAAACACAGAAUGGAGGGAUACGAAAGGGCGUGUGCCGAGCCGAAGCUGGACCUGGGGCACUCCCAAACUUAAAACACUAAAACCAAAGAAUGACAUCAGUGCCACAGGGCCCAAGUCCUAGAGCUGAAGUAAAUGGAGGGUAGAGAGAGACUUGUCUUGCCAUCUUUGGUGCAGUUAAUUUAUUGCUGGUCAUUCCUAGAUAAUAAUAUUUAUAUGCAGUUUUUAUUUAUGUACCAUCCCCCCACCCGCGAGGGUGGGGUGGGGUGGUAGUGGUGAUGGGGCAAAAGUAUAUGUAAUAUUUAUUUUAAUUUAUAUGUUGGAGAGGAGAGAUUCGCCUCCAACUUUCUGCAGUGAAGUUUUGUUUUUGUUUUAUUUAUUGAGAUAUUCUAGUGAGCUGCUGAAGUUAGGACUCCCUAGACCAAACUAAAGCUGAGGGUGGGGAGAAAGCCUGGAAGAGGAAUUAACGAAUUGGGAGGUGGUGGGUGACUGGGACUGGGGAACUGAAUCAAGGGCAGGAAUUGGGAAAGAAAGAAGGCUAGUGAGAGUGAUAGGGGUAGUACCUUUAGGGGUGACAAUAUCCAUACAUCGUAACUCAGUGGGGCCUACUUAUGUGAGGCCCCAUAAGGGCUAAAGGGUUCAUUGCUCACCUAUUACUCAGAAACUGCCCCCAAGGGGCUGGGGUGUGGGGUGGGUCUGUUGCCUUGUAUGUUCUAUGAACAGCAAAUAAAACUGAUUUUACUGCUGGAAACCGA